GAUCUAUUUUCUUUUCUUUUUAAAUAUUUAUGUAUUUGUCUAUAUGAAAGGGUUACGCAGAGAGAGAAGGAGAGGUAGAGAGUCUUUCCUCCAUGGGUUUACUCUCCAGUUUGCUGCAACUGCUGGAGCUGUGCCAAUCUGGAGCCAGGACCAGGAGCUUGUUCUGGGUCUCUCAACAGGUGCAGGCACCCAAGGACUCAGGCCAUCUUCUACAACUUUCCCAGGCCAUAGCAGAGAGCUGGAUUAGAAGAGGAACAGCCAGGACUUGAACCUGCCCCAGUAUGGGAUGAUGGCACUGCAGGUGGCAGCUUUACCUGCUAUGCCAUGGCACCGGCCCAUAAGAUCUAUUUUCAAUUAACUUUAUGCACAUAUGAUUACCUCUAUAAAAACGUUUCUUACCUGGAGCACAUCGGAGAUCAACACAGUCUUAGCCCGGAGCCAAGACUGCUGUCACCCACGUUUUUGACGCUGCCUGGCAGCUUCCGGUGCUGCUGUGCUUACUGGGAGGAAGAGGCGGGUCCUAGAUGGCUGGUGCUUGCGCAGUCGGCCUGGUGGAGAGCAAGACGGUAUUAUCUGCUGGUGGCGGCAUGUCGUCGGCUGCCGGAAUUCUCGGCUGAUGGCGGCGUUUUCGGCAGCUGUACUGGCCCAGAGAGUGCGGGAGUGAAGGCUGGCGGCCGUGGGGGCAGGCGGCGGCUCAGCUGUGGGAAGCGGAGAAGCGGGUGGCUGGGCUUGCGCUGGAGGACAGGACUGCGGGUUACAAGACAUUUUCAUGGAUAUGAAAUUGGACACAGAGUUGACACGGAAGUUCAGCUGCUGGGUAAUCUUCCAUUUCUGGGGACUGCUCUGCUUUCUUGUAAAACCCAGCUGUGCCUUCACCCUGGACAGGAGCAACUGGUUAGUAGUACAUGUGGCUGUGUCCUGUUGAUGGCAGCCCUUGGGCCCAAGGAGGAGAGAAGGGAAGGGAAGGGAACCCUGUGCCCUGGGGUUGGGCUGCCAGGCUGACAGCAAAGUGGACUUCCAGACUUUGUGAAGGAAGGUCAAGUGGUGGGAGCCCUAUAUACAUGUGGAGACAGAAAUGUGGGGGUCUAGUGUUCCUAGAAUAGAGGAACCACAGAGACAGAGUUGAAUAAGAUAUUGGCGAAUGAUUUCCCUGGGGCUUUGCCGAGAAUUGUGGGGCAAAGAACAUGCUAAGAAGGGAAGAAUGGUUGUCCAGGCAGUGGGAGGGGAAUCUGGGAGGAAAACUGUCAAAUGUUUAAUCAGAGGAAAAACAUAAGAGUCUGGUUUGGAGAGAUGUGGUAAUAGUUGUUUGGGUUUUAGAUUUUCAGGCUAAGGACGAUGGGAUUGCAAGUACUUCAUGCAGUGGGAGUGGAGGGUUAGAUGCCAUGGAAGAACCUGGGGCGUGCAAGGUUUUGGGAGCUGAAAACAGUUUGUGUCUGUAUGUCACCAUCCUAUGAUAGAAAAAGGAAAUGGAAGGAUUGUGGGGAGGAAGGCAGGCAACUUUGAGGAGAGUUGUAAUAGGGAAGAGCUGUAAUAGGUCUGCUUGUAAGAACUAGUGGAGUAUCAGAGUGUGAGGUCCAGGAUAGGCCCUGGGGAGAAACCUUACGAAAAGUGAGGGAAGGGAUAUCAGGAGGCGGGCAGAGGGAACUUUCAGGAGGGACUGGGGAAUGGGUGCUGAGUUAAUCAGGAAAUUUGACCAAAGUGUGCAGACUACCAAGAGAUGGAGAAGAUGUUAUCUGAAAGAAAACUGGG